UCAAGCAGAACCGUGCAGCUAAGUUAGCUAACCUGCAUAGGUCUGAAUUUAACAAGCAAGGACAUCUUCGACAAGUUUACUAGCCGGCUAGCUAAAAGCUGGCCUUUGGAAAGCACUGAUCAUGGCCGUGGACUGGGUUGGAUAUGGAUAUGCAGCCCUCGUGGCGUCUGGAGGAGUGAUGGGUUAUGUCAAAGCAGGCAGUGUCCCUUCUCUGGCAGCUGGGCUACUGUUUGGAGGUCUGGCAGGUUUUGGUGCCUACCAAGUGUCACAAGACCCCCAAAAUAUUUGGGUGUCUUUAGUUACAUCAGGAACCCUCGGUGCCAUCAUGGGAAAGAGAUUUUACAGCUCUCGGAAGAUCAUGCCUGCGGGUGUAGUAGCUGGAGCAAGCAUUCUGAUGUUGGCAAAGCUUGGUAUUGGAGUUCUACAGAAACCUCAAGAUGCAUGAUAAACUGCCCCCCCCCAACCCUGAACCAAAUCACUGAUUUUACACACACACACAUUUUGUAUAAAAGUUA